CAUUCGUGAUUAUGACAAUCAGCUGCUUAGCAAAACAGUAUUGAUUUACGAUGAGAGUUUGACAGGAAUACCUUUGAUUGUGUCCGUUAUUCGUCAAGGUGUGAAAAUGACUGGUGGUAGUAACUUAGUGGUGCCCAUGGUGUUAUGGGGGAGGAAUGCCCCGACCCACUGUAUCUCAACAGUACUGAUGACACCCGACCAGCGCAACAUCAUCACUGGCUGCAAUGAUGGACAAAUUGCUAUUUGGGAUGUCACAAAAAACUGGGAGAUCUACCCUCGUAGUAUGCUGUUUGGACAUACUUCAGCCAUCAGCUGCCUGGCCCUUGGCAGUUCUCAUCCUAACCUACCUUAUAUUGUUAGCGCUUCAGAGAAUGGGGAGAUGUGUCUGUGGGACAUCACUGAUGGUCGUUGUGUGGAGUGUACCAAGAUGUCUUUCAUCCAUUCUAACAUGCAGGCUUAUCAAUUCAGAAAGGAUGUUCGACUAGUAUGUAAUGGCUACUACCCAGAGAUUUUGAUUAUCGACCCUUUAACAUUUGAGAAGAUCUACUCUCUGUCUUCCAAAGUUGCUCCAGAUUGGAUCAGUGCCUGCUGUGUUCUGCGACCAGUGAAGCGACAAGAUGAUGUCAUUGUGGCUAUCUCCAACUCUGGAGCGGUCAAGGUCUGGAGUCUGAUGGGAUCUGAGAAUAGAACUCAACCUGUAUAUGAGGAUGAAUCUAAACAGAUUAAAUGUCUAAAUGCCCAGACUCUUGCCUGCUGUCCGUUCAACCAGAGGACAGUUCUUAUUGUCUGCUCCAAGUACUGGCAGAUAUAUGACGCUGGAGACUUCACCAAUUUAUGUUCCGAGUCGAACAGGUGUGGGGAGAGGUGGUCAGGUGGUGACUUCGUUAGCGUGGACAAGGUCAUUGUAUGGAGUAAUGAGGGCAAGGGAUACCUGUACAAAUUACCUACCAAUUGUGAUGUAACACAAAUCAAUACCCACAUGAAUGCCACACCAGAAAGUCCUGACUACCAUCGCCAGAGUCAUCAGCCAUCAGCCCCUCACGCCUACUACAUACUCGACAUGUACUCAGAGCUGUCUAUGGCCUGUGCGCCAGUCAUGACCUUUCACCAAGGUCACGAGGAGAAUCCCACUCAGAUCCUGAUCCGUGGCGACUCGGAAGGUCAGCUAGUUGCAUGGACACUACCUACAGUGACUGAACGACAAAUGACUUUGGUCAGACAGGAGAGUUUUGACCGCCUUCCAGCCUUGCCCCCGCGAUGCAGCACAACACUACAGGAAGUGUGGGAUAGUCUUUACCAGCCUCCCUCUGGUAUCAUUGAUGGACUGUGUGACGAGGAAGGGAGACCACUCCAUAUCACAUCAACAAUCUACAUCCCGUCACAAGGCAAGGUUGCAUGUGGCAGGGAGGAUGGUAGCAUCGUCAUAGCACCAGCCACCCAGAGUAUCAUCACCCAGCUUCUCGACUUUAAGAUUGAUAAAGAUGACAUCACCGUUCGUAUUCUGAGAGGCCAUGACGGCCGAGUGACAUGCCUAUUGUACCCGUUUAACGACAGUUCUCGAUAUGAACCCAACCACCUACUCUCUGGUGGAGCAGAUUUCUCUGUGAUGCUGUGGGACAUGUACUCCGGAUUAAAACUACACACUUUUACGGUGCACGGAGGGGAGAUAAAUCAGCUUAUUGUUCCACCUUGUACCUGCAAUACAAGAAUUUUAUCAUCUAUAUGCUCCGUGGCAAGUGACCAUUCAGUAACUCUCCUGAGUCUAAAGGAGAGAAAGUGUAUCAUGCUAGCUGGUCGCCACCUAUUUCCCGUACAAACCAUAAAGUGGCGCCCUCUGGAUGAUUUCAUGGUGGUGAGCUGUUCUGAUGGCACGGUGUAUGUUUGGCAGAUGGAAACAGGACACCUAGACCGAGUAGUCCAUGGCCUCACAGCAGAAGAAAUCCUCAAUAACUGUGAUGAGCACGCUGCUCCCACAGACCAACUCAUUAAUCCCAACCUUACCUUAGCCCAGGCCAUCAAACGCCGUAAUCUUUUGACUUUCAAAAACCUGGCUCAACAGAAACUACAGCAGCAGAUGGUUCAACAACAACAGGCACAAGGGGCCCGAUGUGACCUUGUCAAACCCCAGUCUUACCCUAUGUACAUACAGGGUGUGAGGACCAACACCCGGAAUCCAGACGCCCACAUCAUCUUCUUUGAUACAGAGUCUCUCAUUGUCCAGCUGCUUACUGACGAAUAUGCCCUGAUGUCGCCGGGAGAGCUUGAGGCAAAGGGGUUUUUCUCCUCUGGACCAACAGAUACCCCUAGUGGGGACAUAAGUGAAGCCCAGGCCAAAAUAUCAGGUGUGAUGGCAAAGAUCAAAGAGAAAGCAGACAGUGUUGGACAGAAAAUUCAAGGCAAGGUUGAUCCAUCUGGAAUGAGUUACUCUCCUACAGCAAGUGCCCGGGAGUCCCCUAGUAUGGGGCGCAGGGGAUCACCAAAAAUAAAUAUUUCAGGACAGGUCGACUCCAAUCUUACUAUGGAGAUUGCUCAGUUGUUUAUGUCGUGCCUCCAUGCCUGGGGUCUCGAUCCCGACCUUGACAAGCUGUGUAUUAAUAAACUAGGCCUGCUGAAGCCACGAUGUCCUAUAUCAUUUGGACUCAUAUCUAGAAGUGGCCACAUGUCCCUUAUGCUACCAGGAUGGCACAAGAAAGUCUGCCACGAAGAAAUGGGCAUGCCUGAACCACAGAAUGCAGCCAUACGUGGCAGAGGAAAAGGAAAGGUGACCUUGAAACAGCAGGCAAGGUCAGCAUCCUACAAUGAAAUAGAACGUAACCUGUUAAGUGGUGAUUAUACAACAGAUAGUGACUUAGAGAAUGAACAGCGUCCAUUGUCCAAACGUGCGUCUGACGGCGCCAUAUUAGGGAAGGAGAGUUUCCAACAACAGGAGAUGAAGAUAUUUUCUAGCAAGGCUCGGUGGCAGAUAUCCAGUGGCGUCACCACCCAGCACCUCCUCAGUGUUAUAUCCACCGCUAACACACUAAUGAGUAUGAGUCAUGCAACAUUUGCCACAAAACGCAUCAUCAAGAAACAUCUCAAAGGAACCAAGUUCGGGCUCCACAAAGGUUUAUUAGUGGCAGAGGACAACAGUUCAGAGGGGGGUAGUGAGGAUGAGUCUGACAUGGCCAUGAUGCAGCAGUCACAGAUAAAGCAGGGCUGGAGUCUUCUUGCUGCUCUCCACUGUGUCCUCCUCCCAGAGAUGGUGGGGUCCUCCAGUAUACAACCUCCACAACUGGAGAUGCUAGCUCGGCGCUGGCAGGACAGGUGUCUGGAGAUUCGAGAAGCAGCCCAGGCCCUAUUACUGGCUGAGCUUCGUCGGAUUGGGCCAGAAGGACGGAAAGAAGUGGUAGACAUUUGGUCUCCCUAUCUCCCUACCUACGUGGACCAAAAUGUCAGUCUGAUGGCUAAUGAUGGUUCUAAAGGCGAGGAGGAGGACGAGGAUUAUGAUGAUGAGGACCCGAUGGUCACAGGUGACUUUCCUAUCAAUAAGACAUCAACCUCCUUUGAGAGUCGUCGGAAGCAGGCCACAGCUAUUGUUAUGCUAGGUGUAGUUGGGGCUGAAUUUGGACAUGAGAUGGAACCUUCACGACGUAAAAAUGAGGAUAUCAAGAAGUCCAGAAAAGCAUCAUCAGCAAUCAAUCAAGAUGGUUUUACACUGACGAAUUACUCUCUGUCCAGACAUACAAGCAAAGCAUUGAUGUUCCUGCUGCAGCAGGCCCCCAGCCGACGCUUGCCUGCUCACACCCCCAUCCGACGGGCAUCAGUGGACCUCCUAGGCCGAGGCUUCACCGUGUGGGAGCCCUACCUGGAUGUGUCCGCUGUACUGAUGGGACUGCUGGAGCUAUGUACAGAUACAGACAGACUUGUACCACACAGUAUGACCUUCGGCUUACCUUUGACCCCGGCUGCAGAUGCCUGUAGGAGUGCACGCCACGCCCUCUCUCUCAUCGCCACGGCCAGACCACCGGCCUUUAUCAUCACCAUAGCAAAGGAGGUGGCACGCUACAAUGCAAUAGCCCAGACGGCUCAGUCCCAACACUCCAAUAUUCACAAUAAUGUGCUGGUAAAGAGUAAACAGGAGAUACUACGGGUGGUGGAACUCCUGGUGGAGAAGAUGCCCAAUGAUGUCGCUGAUCACCUGGUGGAGGUGAUGGAUGUAACAAUGCACUGUCUUGACCCCAGCCAGCUUAAGUCGAAAGGACUGAUGGAUCUCUUCCCAGCCAUUUGUCGGUUCAGCAUGGUAACUGUGUGUCCGGUCAGUAAGAGGAUCUGGGUUGGAGCAAAAAAUGGUGGCCUGGCUUUCUAUGAUCUGAAACAACACUCAAAAUGUCAGAUGACCACUGCCCACUCCGGUCCAGUUGUAGCCACUUGUGUGUCUCCAGAUGGAAAGUACCUAGCCACAUACUCUCACUUCGACAACAGACUCAAAUUCUGGCAGACGGCAUCCUCUUCCUUAUUUGGGAUUGGAUCACAACAGACAAAGUGUGUCAAGUCAGCUCCGACUCCUCCCUGCCCAGUGACCAACCUCACUAACCUGUUGAAACUAGUCCGCCUGGUGUGGGUGGAUCCAAGAACAGUGAUUAUGCUGACUGUGGAUGGUAGUGAGCAUAGAUACAGUGUGUAAAGAUAGACCUGGACUGAAUGUCGAGCUUUACAUUUAUCUGUGUUACAGUACAUCUGGUGCUGAUCAAGUAUCAGACAGUGUAGAAUGGACACUGACAAUAUGGUGUACACUGUUACAGUACACCUCAUCAAACCUCGGUGACACAGAGUGGACCUUCAUAGACAAUAGGUCACAGUACACUUUGUGAAGGUCAAACCUCGGUGACACAGAGUGGACCUUCAUAGCCAAUAUGUGAGUAAAUUUCGUGAAGGUCACAACUCAGUGACACAGAGUGGACCUUCAUAGACAAUAGGUCACAGUACUCUUCGUGAAGGUCAAACCUCGGUGACACAGAGUGGACCUUCAUAGACAAUAUGUUGUAGAUGUAAUAGAAUUAUAGGUACACCUGGUGCUGAUCAAGUUUCAGACUUCAUAGAGUGAACACUCGGACAAUAGGGUGUACAGUGUUACAGGUCAAAUAUGUCAAACUGGUGUAUUUUAGGCCAUUGUCCUGUAUUGGCGUAAUUAUACGUUGUGUAGUCAAUCAUCAUAGAGUCUACUGCCCAGUACAUUGGGACUCACUACUAUCUCAACGACUGAACUGAAGGCUGCCGUUUGAGACAGUGUUCCCAGCACAAUGCACAGGAAACCAAUACUGGCACAGAGCUGACAGGAGCAGAGUAAAAUUCAUUAAUCUUACAGGAACUGUUCUGAGGACCGAAGGACUGCUGUUACCCAGCAGUUCAUGAUAUUCAUAUUGAAAAAAUAUUAAGAUAUUGGUAUGGGAGUCAUCAAGAACAGUUGAUAUGUUUCCCAGAUGAUCUGUAAAUCACAUAAACCAUAGAUUUCACCCCACCAGAUUUUAGUCAUCUAGCCUUCCAAAGCACAUUUGCCCUGUAUUGUAUUUGCCCAUGUACUGCUAAUUAUGUAUAUCAUCUUCUGACCAUGUUGGAUUCAUCCUCUUGUUCUAUAUUGUGAAAAUAUAACAGGAACUACAAAUUCCUGUUUGCAAUAUGAAUAUCUCUGAUUCCAUUAAUGAAAGAUUGCAGUCAUGUGAGAUGUGAUUUGCGCAUAUUUUAUUUAUAAGUUGCUAUGUCCCAAACUUUUGUUAAGAUUCAAAUAAAAAACGUUUUUUUUUCAGAUCCUUUGAAAGUUAUUUAUGAAUAUUGUUGGUGAUAUAUUUGUUGCAGUGCAGUAUAUCGUAAUUAAACAAUGCUGAAAGUAUUGAUUACAUAAAGAUGGGCAUUGGAGUGAUUAUUUUAUGGCAGUUUCUGUGAUUUUAACAUUCCAAGUGUACAUAGAGCAAACUUUAUUGUUGUUGUUAUUGUUGAUAUGAAAACAUUUAUCGGUAAUAUCUAUUUAUAUCUUGAAGUUACUGUGUAUUGAUAUAUAAUAUAAAUACAAAAGUAUUUGUACAGUACAUGUAUUUUGUUUCAAUUCCGGGGUGAACGAGUAAAGUAAUUUAUAUGUUACCUACUGUCUGUUUACAGUAAGAAAAUUUACUACAUUGUAGUUUGGUGAAUAUGAUAUUUACCCAUCACGUAUUUGGGGACUUUUUCUACUACUGUAUAAUGUAAAUGUUUAAUUUUGGUUUCAAACUCUUCUGUUAAGGAGAUAAUGCCAAACAAACGUAUCCUUUAAAAAAAGUAAUACAUUUAUACCUCGGUGUGUGAGAAAUUUGCAAUCCUCUAAGUGAUUCUUGUAAACAUAGAUUUAGGAGAAGGAAAGAGUCAAGCCUGUCUAUAAAGAAUGUUAAAGAAAGAAAGCAAAAACAGUAAAGAUAUUGGACAAGCACUCCUUACACACAAAUUGUUGAUAUUUGUCAACUUUAGAUAUUCUAAAACCAACAUCCAUAUUACAGGUAGACAGGUAAUUCUACAGACAGGCAAUUUUUCCUCUAAGGCAGGUUUAAAUGUAGUAACCAGGCUACCAAAUUGUCCUAUUUAUAUAUUUUUUUAUCAUUGGUCAAGCAUUCUACAAGAAGGUGACUAUCUUUAGUACAUCAGAAAUGUUAUGGAACAUGGUUGUAAUUAUAACAAUAUCUGUGUAGGACCUGUUUACCUUAGAUUUCCAGUAUAAGGCUGUAGUGCGGGGAGUCCAUUAACCAUCCUAUACUCACUAAAGAAUAGUGGUGACUUGUAGUUAGAUGAACAUAUCAAAUGCAUUGGCAGAGUUGUUUACUUACUAAGGCAGUAUUUCUGUCCUAACUUUAACGGGUUUAACCACUUACACAGGUUUUAUCCGUCUCAUUACAAUAGGUUUCCUCACUCCCACAUAUACUUAUAUAUAUCCCAGCCUAUGGUUGAUAUUUUGACUGGUUACACAUUGUGAAAUAACCACAAGCUGUUUCACUCUAUACAUCUUUAUUCACAUUUAUGUUAUGGGAGAAACAAAAUCUCCAAUUUGUGAUAAUUGAUUAUUGUUUAUAUUCAUUUAUAUACUUAAUUCUCAUAUGUUAUCUUCACAAAAUCUGAAGAUUAUAUGUGAGCAUUAAAAUCAAUCAAAUGGAUAGAAAUACUGUCAAUCUUCUAUCAUGUACGCUAUUUAUUAUCACGCAACAUAUCUUUUUCUGUAGAUUGGAGAAUCAUGUUACCUUUUAAUGUUAAAUUUUAAUUAGGGUUGUAUGUUUAUUGUAAAUAUUGAAGUGUCAAGCAAUGUGCAAUAUCUUGUAUAUACAAAAUUGUAUAAAGCUUAUUUCAUAAAAAUGUAUUGUAUCUAGUCAAUGAACUUAUGAUAUUUUAGUAUAUAUCAAUAUUUGCUGUAAAAUUCUUAAUAGAAUAUAAAAUAUAU